GAGAGUAACUUUAAAUUUUAUUUACGGAACUCUCUAAUAUAGAAAACAAAUUAGUGACUAGAACACGUGCAAAAUGCCGACCGACAACAAACGAAUUUGUGGUCCUGAAACCUCAAACACUCCUUAUUCUUACUGUAAAGACACUGAAACACGGGCAUUACUUGAUGAAAACCAAAAAAGAUGGGAUUCCAGACUUUUCAAUCAAAUGCGGCCCACAUUUUUACGUGCUGGAGUAGUCAGUCAGGCCAAAGGAUCUGCUUACAUUGAACUGAACAAAACCAAAGUCAUCUGUGCUGUUUAUGGACCACGGGAAGUUACACGCCGAGAGGAAUUUAGUAUGAAAGGUCAACUGACAUGUGAGUUAAAGUUUGCUACAUUCUCAUGCAAACUUCGCCGACAGCAUCAACCUGAUAGUCAAGAGAAAGACUACUCUAUACAGUUACUUGAGGCACUUGAACCAGCAGUUUGUUUGCAUAAAUUUCCAAAGGCACAAGUGAAUGUAUAUGCAACAGUUCUAGAAAAUGAUGGCAGCAUUCUUGCAGCUGCUAUCACUGCUGCAUCUGUAGCUUUGGCAUAUGCUGGCAUUGAGAUGUAUGAUUUGGUUGUUAGUACUAGUGUGCGUAUUUCCAAUAAAUGCAUCUUAUUGGAUCCAAGCAGAGAAGAAGAGUUCAAACCACAGAAAGAAGUGAAUGAAAACAAUGCAAGUCUCACAGUUGCCUAUAUGCCAUCCUUGAAUCAGAUAUCAGCUCUAACUUCCAGUGGUGAAUGUGUGUUGGAAAUGAUAACGAAGGCCAUUAAGCUAUGUAUUGACAGUUGCCAACAAAUUUACCCUGUCAUUCAACACUGCCUAAUCAAGUCAAAAGGAUUUGAUCAAUAAAUGUUAUUGAAUUUUUUAAA